AUGGAUCAAAUAGCGGAAGCGAUCAUGCAAAUCCCCCCGAACGCGCUCGAUCGCCAACGCGCGCUCAUGCUCUUAGCCGCGUGCGACAAAUACAGCAAAUCGGGGAGACCGAGAGUGGCGUCGAAGUACGCGAUGAACUGCGGAGCGAUGUUGUUUAAACUCGGCCCUCCGGUGGCGCAACUCACCGAGGCGGUGUUUCAAAGAGCGGUGUAUUUAGCCAAACACUUCGACGAGGACGUUCCGGAAUACAUGAGAAUUUUGUUAGACGGGAACAAUCCGGAGUUAGGAGACGCGUUCACCUGGGUCGCCGCGAUUGAGGCGAAACUGGGGAAACUGGACCAAGCGGAAAAUCACUACAAAGGCGCGGCGAAAGCGAUCGAGGAAUACGGGAACAUCGUGGAAUUGAGCGAGAAGAUUUUACACCAGUGCUUGUUCAAUCGACACAGGAAGCGAUUCGAGCAGUGGGAAAAAGUGAUGGAGUAUUGGAAGCAGAGAAUUGUCGUCGCGGAGGAGAACGGGGAGUCGGACGUGCAGUUGUUGAACGCGACGGCGUCGUAUUGCGGGGAACGAGCGAACGGGUUUGAAGCGAGAAGCAAGUUUAAAGAGUCGGCUUUGUAUCGAGCGAAAAAGUUCGUGGAGACGUGCGCGAGAUUAGAAGCGCACGGAACGAGGCGAGACGCCAAUCCGGCGCAGUUAAGUCAAGCGAUUGAUAGCGCGGCGCAGGCGUGCGUCAGGGCCGGGGAUAAGAUGAACGCGACCAAGUUGUUAAAAAGAGCGGUGGCAGCCACGGCUGGGGCGGUGGAAUUGCCUGGAUUUUACACUUUGGGGGAGAUUAAAAGGAUUAAGUUUAACGACGAGGGCGUGUCUUGGCACCGAGCGCUGUUGGAAGACGACGACGACGAGGAAGGAGGAGGAAGUAAAAACGGGAAGAAGAAAGACGGCGUGAGCAAAGACGUGAUUGAUUUCAUAGAAAACGGAGAAGAUGCGACGACGAAAGAGGAUAGUGAUAACAACAGUAGUAGCAGCAACAAGAAAAAUGGGUUAAUAGGCGCGCCGCGAGAUCCGUUUGUCGGCGACGAAAUCGAAGUCGGGACGUACGAAGCCGUGGUGAAAAUCGGCGAUAACUGGGAAAUUAAGAAAGGCGCGGAAGGCGAGGAGGAAGUAGACGGAUGCGAAGCCGUCGGUUCUAUUUUAUUAGCGUUGGGACAAGUGUUUUUCGGUUUUGAUCAAUACAAAGAAGCGUCGAGACCUUUACGAACGGCGUCGAGGUUUCUCGCGCACGAUCCGAGCACGCAAGGCGUCGCUUUGCACAUGCUCGCGUGCUCGAUGUUUUAUCAAGUCGGGAAGAACGGAAAAUCGGACGACGCGAGAAAACUCGAUCGGGAGUUACGCACGCAAGCUGCUCUGGCGUUUUCUGCCGCGGCAGACUGUCGAUUGAGCUCUACUGAUCCCGAAGGAUUAAAAGACGGCGUGAGUUCGUUGCUGUUUUUAGGACGGGUCAUGUUUGAGCUCGGCGAAGUCUCGGACGCGAUGAACGUGACGCAAAGAGCUUUAGAUGUGGCCAGGAAAGGAGUGGGCGAGGAUUCCAAGGAGGCGAAGGAGGCCAUGAACGCUUUGCGGCAUUUACAAAUGGAAGUGCAAAAUCGAUGA